GCUCUGUGUGCAGGAAUAUAUUCAGAUGCUGAUGCCUCCAUUGAUUCAAAAAUGGAACCAGCUAAAAGAUGAAGAUAAAGAUCUCUUUCCCUUACUGGAGUGUCUCUCAUCUGUGGCCACUGCCCUGCAGAGCGGCUUCCUGCCAUACUGUGAACCGGUCUACCAGCGCUGUGUCAACCUGGUCCAGAAAACACUCGCCCAGGCUGUGCUCCACCAGAGUCAGCCUGAGUUUCAUGAAGCGCCUGAUAAAGAUUUCAUGAUUGUGGCUCUGGAUCUGCUCAGCGGAUUAGCGGAGGGUCUUGGAGGGAACAUUGAACAGCUAGUUGCCCGUAGCAACAUUCUCACUCUCAUGUACCAGUGCAUGCAG